GUCCUGUGGCCACCCACUCUUUUUAUCACAUGUACCUUCAAAGGCAAUUCAGUAGCCCAGGCAAGAAGUUGCAGAUAAUUAAUAAAAACAGCAACUGUUAGCUCCUAACUAAAUUUAUAUAUGUGCAUAUAAUUAUGUGUGAUUAUUGUAGAAAGUAUAUUGUUCUCUCUCAUUUUCAGCUCCAUGGAAUAACAUUUCUAACCAGAAACUAUUGUCUGGCAGAACUAUAUCUAAACAACAAUGCAAUAUUUGAUAUAGAAGGCCUGCACUAUUUGCCUUCAUUGCAUAUACUCCUGCUACAUCACAAUGAGUUAAUAAACCUCGAUGCAACAGUAAAAGAAUUAAAGGGAAUGCUAAAUCUGAAGACCCUAACUCUCUACCAAAACCCUUUAUGCCAGUAUAACCUGUAUCGUCUAUAUAUAAUCUACCACCUUCCAGGAGUCGAGUUGCUUGACCGAAAUCAAGUUACAGAAAAGGAAAGAAGGUCAAUGAUUCUGCUUUUUAACCAUAAAAAGGCUCAUAUUGUUCAAUCAAUAGCAUUCAGAGGAAAAGUAGAUGCCUCAUGGGAUCCUCGAUCACCAUUUAAGCAAAAACCAGCACAGAGAGUACCUUCAGACUUUGCAUUUGCGAAUAAUGUAGACAAAACUAUGUUUGAUGACCCAGAAGAUGCUGUUUUUGUAAGGUCCAUGAAGCGAUCGGCAAUGUCUAUUACCUCUCUGAACUGGGACACGGUGCCAACACAAGAGGAAAAAUACCUUGAAGAGAAAGACACAGGACCUGCCCAAAUGCUUACAAUCACACUGAGAUAGCCCCUGGUGUUUCUAGAAAUCUUAGCAGUUUUCAGUUAUAUAUUAAACUUUUCUUUGAUUAGCA